GGCUCAAGGAGCCACUGAGCAAACAGCUUUUCAGAGAGCUUCUACUCAGCUGUCAGAGGGGGCAGUUUGGUCUCUGUGCAAGCAAUACUCACAUUCCAAACUGCAUUAGAGAAAAGCUGGUGGGGGUUUAUGCAUUUUUAUUAUCAGUUCCAGACCAGGAAUUUGAUGCUAAUUUUUUCUUGAAGCCUGUGUUUGCAGUAGAGUUUAUAUUCUAAAACAAAGCCAGGAUUGUGAUGUUUUUCUCUCACUAGCUUGUUCUUCUUUAUCUUUUCUUUUUUUUUCCUCCCCUUGGCUUUACUCCAAGGACCUUUUCUGCUUGUUUGUUACACUCUCAAGAUGAAGCACUGGAUGGUUACAGCAGUGCUGAUAGCACUGGUACAGGUUUCUCAGAGUUUCCCUGCCUUGUACCACCGAGGUUGGUGGAGGCUGCUAAGGGAAGGAGAUAGUUGUGGAAAAUGCGAUUUGACGCUUUGCUCUGAGCCUAAAGACUGUCCAGCCGGGACUGUGUUGGAUCGUUGUGGCUGCUGUCUGGAAUGUGGGAAUGUGGAAGGUCAGAUCUGCGACUUGGACCAGGGCAAUCAUUUUUAUGGGCAGUGUGGGGAUGACCUCGAGUGCAGGCUGGAUGCUGAUGAAGCAAGGUUUGGGGAAGUCCCCGAACCCCAGUGUGUGUGCAAGUCUCAAGAGAGCAUCUGUGGACCCGAAGGGAAAACCUACGAGAACAUCUGUCAAUUCAACAAGGCUUAUGCUGCAAAAAGAAAUAUCAGCAUGAAACAUAAAGGGCCAUGUGAAUCAGCUCCUGUUAUUUCUAUGCCACCUCAGGAUGCCCAGAAUUACACAGGCAAUGAUGUCAUUUUUGGCUGUGAGGUGUCAGCCUAUCCUAUGCCACACCUUGAAUGGAAAAAAAAGGGGAAUAAAAUGUUUCUGCCAGGAGAUGACACCCACGUCUCAGUUCAGGCAAGAGGUGGGCCUCAGAAGUAUGGUGUGACAGGUUGGCUGCAGAUUCAAGGACUCAAAAAGUCAGAUGAAGGCAUUUACAUAUGCCACACCAGAAAUAAGUAUGGUGCAACAUAUGCCUCUGCAAGACUGAAAGUUGUUGACGACCCAUCUCCUCCAUUUGCAUUUACUGCUGGAAGUAGAAGUGCAAGCUACAGCAUUGAAUAUGAGGACUAUUAUGACAAUUCUGAUGAAGAUGAUGAUGAAGAAUAUGAAUCUGGGAACUAUGAUAACGGAAACAACUCUGAAUAAUAGUUUUUAUACAUCUGUUGUCCAAUACCUUUCAUACUGUUAUAUUUACCAGUAAUCUCUGUGCUGUAAAUGGCUCCUCUGCUAACACAUGUAUAUCCACCUUCCUGAAAUUCAGCUUUGGAUAAAGUGUAUCAUGCUACUCAGCAGAAAUAAGAACAUUUGUAACACCUCACAUUUAAAUUGUUAAAUAUAAUGCUUCAACAUGCACCUUUCUACUAGAUAUACCAAAGGCAUCAAAUUUUAUGAUAAUUUUAAAAUUAUUUUAUAAUUUCUUUCACACAUUCUAAUUUGUCUAGCAAAAAUGUCAAUAGUUAAACAAAAUUUUUACCUUGUAUCAAUUUGCUUUUUUUCUAUAAUGUACUACAAAAUAUCAAAAGAUUGUUCACAUGGCAACAAGCCUAAGUAUGGAGUUUGCAAACUAGUCUUUAAUCUCCUUAGUUCCUGUUUUCUCUUAAGUUUCAGCAAGAUUUUCCUUCUCAUUUGAAAUGUUCCAUGAUUAGUCUCAUCAAAUGUGAAUUAUGUGUCUUUUGGGGGAUUAUUUUGUUUACUUUUAAUAGAUACAUGAAGCAAUCCCAGUUUAAAGCAAGUAAGUGCUGUUUUAUUGGCAAUACUCAGAUAUUCCUAGAAAAGAUUCUUUGUGCAUUCAAGCAGCUGAGCACACCUUUGAACUCCUCUUUGUAACAGCUCCUGCGUUUCUCCUCAAAGUGCUGGCUCCUUCCCCCAGCCCAGGGAGCGGUUCAGAGUUUGGGAUGGUUACUUCACUCUGAACAGGGCAGUGUUUGGUGGCAUCACUGCAGUUUAAAGGCAGCAGUGGCUCUGUAGCUCGGUGCCUGCUUUUCAAACACAGAGAUCUGCCCUACAAGGGUUCCUUUAUCUUGUGCUGUGAACAAAUUGCUCCUACUCUGACCCAUCCAUGCUAUGUCCGACUCAAGCACAGCCAGCAUUGCCAGGCUGCUGGAAACGGCAGCAGAAAAGCAGGAAUCGUUCUUUUUGAAACCCACUGAACACAUGCACAUUAUUCAAAUCAAUCCACAGGAACCAGACAGCAAAGGAAACGGGUUCAAAAACACGAUACUUCUGAGUGUAGAGUGAAAAAUUUCUCCAAUUGCUUUAGUUAACUAUUUACAUGAAGGCUGGCUCUGAAUUAACGUGUGACUGAAGACAUCAACUAUGAAACCCACUUCUGGGGGGCACUUACAUCUCUGGUUCCUAUGGGCUGAGGGCAGAUGAACAGAGGUAAAUUACUCAACAUUUAGGACUAAGGAAGCAGAAGUUCAGGCAACUGCUUGGAAAGCCUUGGUAUCUGCAGUCUUCUUCAUCCAAGGGACAAACUCACAUAGUGAUUACUGCACACACCAAGGUAACCAUGAGUUAAAUUGAUGGCGACAAGAAAGCUUCAGGGGCAAUGCUACUGUAUGCAUACACGUGUAGGAUUUUUAUGCAUAUACAAUGCAUCACAAAUUCCUUCUUUAAUGUGCUAUUUGCGCCUUUUUUGCUAUUAGAAAGAUUUUUUCCUUUCAAUUUGAAUUACUUUAGGAAAUUGGCUAUAGAAUGUGUUUGCCCUGAGGUAUUAUUGACCUUUGCCCAGGUAGCAAACAAGCAAAGAAAAAUUUAUUUCAUUUCAGACUUCACAGAGUAUUGUCAACUUGUGAUAAGAAAGCAUGUAAUUGUGUCACUGAAAAAGAUUAAUUAGUUUAAAUUAGGAGUAUGAAGUGGCUUCAUAUUUGAUUACUGAUUUUGCUUUUAUGGACUCUUCCUGGUCUUCUUAGUGAUAUGUCUAGUAACUUCUUUUGUUUAUCCAUUAUAUAUUAACUUGAACAUAAAGUUAUCUGGUAGAAAUCGCUGAUUAUUUUUUAUGAAACUAUUUAAUAUAUUCAGGAUCAAUUGUGAUCAGCAUUGCAAACUAAUGAAUUAGAGUACUAAAGUCAUCACUAAAUGGUGGCAAUAUAUAUUGGCGUAGCCUGGUACAUGGCCCAGAAAAUAAUCUUGAAAUCAUUAGCCAUAGGAAGAAAUUAGAAUUCUUCAGGGCCUUUUGCUGUUGUUAAUGUAAAAUGAAAAACAGAAAGAAAAGAAUGUUUGAAUGAGGAAAUAUGCAGCACAACCAAAACAAAUACCAGUCUGUGAGUGCUUGGCCUGAUGGACUAUGUCUAUUUAAGAAAAGCUAACCUUCGCAGAACAAAGGAUUCUAAAUUAAAUAUGUUGCAUUUCUCUUGUAUGUAUUUUUUUAACAUAUUUAACAAUAUAUAAGCCAUUCCUUUCAGUAAGAAAACUGCAUUUUAGGAAAAAUACCGAUGUGAUGCAAAAAGACAAGGAACACUGAUACCCUACACAAUUCCUAGUUCCUUUUUUAUGGGAGAAGACAGAAAUGGCUGGUUUUGUUGACAUGCUUUAAUCAAGUCAUUUAACAUUAAAUUAUAAGAAGUAUGGAGAAGGUUCAGCCCUCUCUAAGCAGCAUGGUAAAUGAACGGAUCUAACUGUGAAUGGAUUGCCUGUAGCAACAGAUAACCCAAAGUAAGAGCAAGUUCAAAAAGCUGGUUUUAUUCCACCUAGCAGGAAACAAGCUGAAAACUAUGCUUUAGUCCUGGUACUGUAUCUUGUGAAGCAGACCUAAACCCUUGUUUGAUUGAGCUUCCAUUGAACACUGCAAGAAUUUUGUUAUUUUCCAUGGAAGCAAGUCUGAAUUUCAUGGCACAGCUUCCUCCUGUCACAUAAGCAUCUUUACUCUGUCAUCUCCCCCUCCCAUGUAAAGGUUCUAUAAAAGUUGCCAAAGAAAUUAUGCUACUUAAUGCAGCUUUGUCCUUUGGCCUAGGACCCUGACAUAGGCUGGGGUAUUUUCACAAUCUAACAUUCUUACUCGGUGUGGUAAAUCUCAGGAGUUUUGUCAGGUAUUAGUCUAGGAAUCCACUAAUUCCACUAGACCAAUUUUUUUCCUCUUAAAAUAAUCAGGCUAUAGCUGACAGAAAUCGGCUAUAGAAAGGCAAUUGUGUUUCAGAGAUUAAAAUAAUUCAAUGAUGAUUAAAUCAGGUGCAGUCACAGGGCUGCACUGUGCAGCUGAGCACGGAGCCAAGUGUGUGCUCCCUGCCUGUCCCUGGCACAAGCUUUGUGCUCUCCACUUGUUAGUGCUCAGCUGUCACCACAUGGAGACCCAGGCUGGGGGGGAACAGACGUUCCUGGCUAGGAAGAAACACACUUAUUCCAGACAAGCUGGAAAUUGGCUCAUCCUGCAGAAACCCCAUUUCUCACUCACACUGAGGUACAUGUGCUGUCCAUAGACUCUGCUCCUUAACUGUUUAUUUAACUUAUUCACCUCAUUUCUGUUUUAAUUUUGCUUCAGUCUCAAAUAAUUAAUUAAGGUAUUUUGUACAAAAGUGUAAGGUUAAGUGAUUCAACUGUGAUAGUUCAUGUACAAAGAAAUUACUUUUCUUCUCCCCCCUAUUAAAUUGUCAUAACUCAACCUUGCUACCAAA